AGGAGGCGGGACGCCCUCUAGCCUUUUUUCCUGCCCGGUACUUUCGGUUUUCAGCGCCGAGUCUGUCAAAGCUCCCUGGAGACCUCCGGGACCGCGCCCCUCAGACCCACUUGGGACACUGCUGAGCGGCGCAGAGAGAUUUGCCCAGACUCGAGCUCCUGCGUGCAGUGAGUGAGUGAGAGCCAGUCGUUUCAGCUCUGCUCCAUACCCUGAGCCGGCGCCACGCCGCCGCGCAUGCAACUGGCAUAUAACUUGCUGUGUGUGGUGAUUGCUUGUGUUGAAUCCCGAACCUGCACCCGGAGACAGCCCAGUAAGUCUACGUGGGAACGGAAGCAUUUGGAAUCUCAAGGAUGUCACAGUGGUUCGAGCUUCAGCAGCUGGACUCCAAGUUCCUGGAGCAGGUCCACCAGCUGUACGAUGACAGUUUCCCCAUGGAAAUCAGACAGUACCUGGCCCAGUGGCUGGAAAAGCAAGACUGGGAGCACGCUGCCUAUGAUGUCUCGUUUGCGACCAUCCGCUUCCAUGACCUCCUCUCACAGCUGGACGACCAGUACAGCCGCUUUUCUCUGGAGAAUAAUUUCUUGUUGCAGCACAACAUACGGAAAAGCAAGCGUAAUCUCCAGGAUAACUUCCAAGAAGAUCCCGUACAGAUGUCCAUGAUCAUCUACAACUGUCUGAAGGAAGAAAGGAAGAUUUUGGAAAAUGCCCAAAGAUUUAAUCAGGCCCAGGAGGGAAAUAUUCAGAACACUGUGAUGUUAGAUAAACAGAAGGAGCUGGACAGUAAAGUCAGAAAUGUGAAGGAUCAAGUCAUGUGCAUAGAGCAGGAAAUCAAGACCCUAGAAGAAUUACAAGAUGAAUAUGACUUUAAAUGCAAAACCUCUCAGAACAGAGAAGGUGAAGCCAAUGGUGUGGCGAAGAGCGACCAAAAACAGGAACAGCUGCUGCUCCACAAGAUGUUUUUAAUGCUUGACAAUAAGAGAAAGGAGAUAAUUCACAAAAUCAGAGAGUUGCUGAAUUCCAUCGAGCUCACUCAGAACACUCUGAUUAAUGACGAGCUCGUGGAGUGGAAGCGAAGGCAGCAGAGCGCCUGCAUCGGGGGACCGCCCAACGCCUGCCUGGAUCAGCUGCAAAGCUGGUUCACCAUUGUUGCAGAGACCCUGCAGCAGAUCCGUCAGCAGCUUAAAAAGCUGGAGGAGUUGGAACAGAAAUUCACCUAUGAGCCCGACCCUAUUACAAAAAACAAGCAGGUGUUGUCAGAUCGAACCUUCCUCCUCUUCCAGCAGCUCAUUCAGAGCUCCUUCGUGGUAGAACGACAGCCGUGCAUGCCCACUCACCCGCAGAGGCCCCUGGUCUUGAAGACUGGGGUACAGUUCACUGUCAAGCUGAGACUGUUGGUGAAAUUGCAAGAGCUGAACUAUAACUUGAAAGUGAAAGUCUCAUUUGACAAAGAUGUGAACGAGAAAAACACAGUUAAAGGAUUUCGGAAGUUCAACAUCUUGGGUACGCACACAAAAGUGAUGAACAUGGAAGAAUCCACCAACGGAAGUCUGGCAGCUGAGUUCCGACACCUGCAACUGAAGGAACAGAAAAACGCUGGGAACAGAACUAAUGAGGGGCCUCUCAUUGUCACCGAAGAACUUCACUCUCUUAGCUUUGAAACCCAGUUGUGCCAGCCAGGCUUGGUGAUUGACCUGGAGACCACCUCUCUUCCUGUCGUGGUGAUCUCCAACGUCAGCCAGCUCCCCAGUGGCUGGGCGUCUAUCCUGUGGUACAACAUGCUGGUGACAGAGCCCAGGAAUCUCUCCUUCUUCCUGAACCCCCCGUGCGCGUGGUGGUCCCAGCUCUCAGAGGUGUUGAGUUGGCAGUUUUCAUCAGUCACCAAGAGAGGUCUGAACGCAGACCAGCUGAGCAUGCUGGGAGAGAAGCUGCUGGGCCCUAAUGCUGGCCCUGAUGGUCUUAUUCCAUGGACAAGGUUUUGUAAGGAAAAUAUUAAUGAUAAAAAUUUCUCCUUCUGGCCUUGGAUUGACACCAUCCUAGAGCUCAUUAAGAAGCACCUGCUGUGCCUCUGGAAUGAUGGGUGCAUUAUGGGCUUCAUCAGCAAGGAGCGAGAACGCGCUCUGCUCAAGGACCAGCAGCCAGGGACGUUCCUGCUUAGAUUCAGUGAGAGCUCCCGGGAAGGGGCCAUCACAUUCACAUGGGUGGAACGGUCCCAGAACGGAGGUGAACCUGACUUCCAUGCCGUGGAGCCCUACACGAAAAAAGAACUUUCAGCUGUUACUUUCCCAGAUAUUAUUCGCAACUACAAAGUCAUGGCUGCCGAGAACAUACCAGAGAAUCCCCUGAAGUAUCUGUACCCCAAUAUUGACAAAGACCACGCCUUUGGGAAGUAUUAUUCCAGACCAAAGGAAGCACCAGAACCGAUGGAGCUUGACGACCCUAAGCGAACUGGAUACAUCAAGACUGAGUUGAUUUCUGUGUCUGAAGUCCACCCUUCUAGACUUCAGACCACAGACAACCUGCUUCCCAUGUCUCCAGAGGAGUUUGAUGAGAUGUCCCGGAUAGUGGGCCCCGAAUUUGACAGUAUGAUGAGCACAGUAUAAACACGAAUUUCUCUCUGGCGACAUUUUUUUCCCAUCUGUGAUUCCUUCCUGCUACUGUUCCUUCAUAUGCAGUAUUUCUAGGGAAAUGCAAGAAAGAAAGAGCAUCACAUUUGCUGAGCACUGCUGGUAGAAAGUGGAUAUUUCUCUAAUUAGAAACCUGUUACUCUGAAGGACUUCAUGCAUCUUACUGAAGGUGAAAUGGAAAGUCACUUAACACAAAAUGGAUUUUGUAAACAAAGACCAAGAGAUCCACCCAAGCACCAGGACUAGAGUGCGAGUAUUUGGGGCAAGGUGAGGAGAACGGUCACUUUAGUAAUGGUCUGUAAUCAGUGCCCAAGUGCUGCACAUCACUGGAAAGAGACAUACUUAUGGGGGAGGGGCCUUCUUGAUGGAGGAAUGUUUCUGUCCCGGGAGACAUUGGCACUUCCCCUCUCCUGGAUGGCCGGAAGUCUUCCACUGUUUUACAUAUGGCACAGUUCAAAGUCAACUUUAGAUCCAAUGCUCUAUCAAACUAUAGUGGGCAUCCUUCAUGUGAGUGGGAAGAAAACAACCGUGCUCCUUACUGCAGCUUCUGCCAAGGCAUGGUUGCUCUCCUCAGGGACUAGCUUUGUUGGUGGCAAUGGCUACACAAAACUAAACACCAACAGAAGUAAGACCAUUUUCAUGAGUACUCCAUCAAGUUAAAGGGUUUUUGUUGUCUUUUUGGUCAUGGAUUGAAUAAAAUUGUCUUUGCACAUCCAUUAAGGGGGCCAGCUUUCUUAAAGCAAUUUUUCUUUUUUUUUAACUAAAAUUAGAUAUAGGUGAACUCAUGUUUUUUAGUGGGCUGAACUUAUCGGUUUUAGCUGGUUGUCUUAAUUAGCCAUAAACUUGGAGAAAGCAGUGACUUCUUGAAUCCUUAGCCAAAUAUGAGUAUCAGAUAAUUUUAUUAUUUUUUUUUCGAGACAGGGUUUCUCUGUGUAGCCCUGGCUAUUCUGGAACUCACUCUGUAGAUCAGGCUGGCCUGGAACUCAGAAAUCCGCCUGUCUCUGCCUCCCGAGUGCUGGGAUUAAAGGUGUGCACCACCAAUGCCUGGUGAGAUAACUUUAAAGAACUCCCUAUAAAUGCAUGAGAACCACUGUUACUGAUGAAUGUGGUUUUUUGACAACUACAUUCACAAAUGGCCUGUCUUGUGUUUUGUCACCGUUUUGAGGGAUGAUGUUUUGUGGCACGUGUGUGAUCACAGCCUGAUGGUUCUGGUCGUGGGUUGGUUCUUCUGGGCCAGCUUUCACAGACUGCUGCGCAGCUGCACCUACAGUGCUGCCCCAUAAUACUGUUUCACUUUGGUGAAGAUCAGCCCACCUUACACCCCGAGUGCAGGUGUGAACCACGGUAAGUGUGCACAGUCCUUAGGGAAAACAGGGACGCAGAGGCCUGCCUCCUCUCUUUUCCAUGCCAAAAUGAAAUGACCAAGAAACAAAACAUUUAAAAAGUUGUUUCUAAAUGCUGAGACCUAACCAUUGCUUAUAUACUGUUGUCUGUUGAAACAGUUUGUUACAAUUUCAUUCUGUUGAACUAGGUGAGACUUUAAGAAAUGUUGAAAUUAUGUUAAUUUCCUAUUAUUAUUUAAUAUAAAGAUAUUUAAAAUGUCUAGUGUUAUGAGUUGGUUUAAUAUAUAUCUCAUGUAUGUAUCAGUCCUAUUUUAAGCGCUUUUUAAAAAAGACUUGUUUAGGUAUAUAUUUUAUGUAUAUGGGUGUUUUAUCUGAAUGUAUGGACACCAGAAGAGAGCACUGGGUCCCAUGAGACUACAGUCAAAUGGGAUCACAGUCAGAUGCAAUUUUGAGCUGCCAUGUGGGUGCUGGGAUUUGAACUCAGGGCCUCUGGAAGAACAGCCAGUGCUUUUAACUGCUGAACCAUCUCUUGGGACGCCUAUGGGUCCUAUUUUAAAGGAAGACCGAUAUUUCCCAAGUGUCACCCUUGCUUACUCUACUGCAGACACAGGAACUAUGGCAGUUUAAGGUAGGUCAGCGGGCAGGCCCAGCGGUGAGGCCUCUCUGAGGUAGAGGCCUGGGGAUCAGGCGUUUAGUCAUUCAAGGCCGGCAGGGCUCCAUGGGAUCACAUCCAAGUCAGGGCAAGACAUCCACUUACACUUUCAGGUAGCUGCCUGUUAGACGUCACCAAGCAUGUCCUAGCUUAAGUAUGACGAGGAUGGCAUUUUCUAAGUACAGAGCAUAUAUGUAGCACUUGGGAUAAGCUGAUCUAGGGACUUCCUGAGGCGGCAGAGCUUAAAGUGGACUCCAUUGACUGCUUGGAGACUACUGUGGAAUGAAGGCAUGUCUCAGUAAACAGAACAAACCUGUGGCAUCUGUCUGCCUCAGGGAGGCAUCAGACAAAGCUGGAAAGGAUUUAGAAAAUUCUUUUACCUACUCUGGGAGCUGGGAGGCUGUCCUUCAUCCCGAGGGCAUUAUUUAUCUGAAGGCAUCUUUUGUUUAAGAUUCAUUCAUUUGUUCCUCAAAUAUGUUCAGUGCCUGCCUUGCACCAGGCACUAUUCUAGAUGCGUUGAAGGCACUAAUAAAAGAAAUGCCUCACAGU